AUGCGAUUUCCGGUAGUAGUUCACAAGGACGAGGGCAGCAGCUACGGAGUGACCGUACCCGACCUGCCUGGUUGCUUCUCAGGCGGUGACACGUUGGACGAGGCGCUGACCAACGCGCAAGAAGCCAUCGCCGGUCAUAUAGAGACCCUGUUCAUGGUCGCGGAACCGCUGCCAAGACGAGACCGCUCCAAGAGCACCAUGCCAAUGAGGACUACCGGGACGCCCUAUGCUGGGGAUUCGUGGAUGUCGACCUCUCCACCAUCGAGAACAAAGCCGUCCGCCUCAACAUCACCCUGCCUGCCCGCGUCGUCGCGCUCGUCGACGAGGCCGCGGCAAGGUCAGCGAAUCACGCUCGGGAUUCCUCGCCCGCGCAGCGCUGGAGCACAUCGCCGCGGAACGAACCUAAGAAUAGCGUCGGCCUAUAUGAGACACAAUAGACUCGCCGGUGCCUUUGCACUCUCUCUGGCGUACUGGUUUAUACUUUCCUAA